UUGACCAAUGGCUGUGCUUCUUUCCUAGUUUAUCGGGAACCUAUCAGAUUCGGUGUUUCCACUAUUAUCUUCCGGGACGCCGCUGUCGUGAAAAAAAUGGCUUCUCUUGACAGGGUAAAGGUGUUAGUUUUAGGAGAUUCCGGGGUGGGCAAGUCUUCUUUGGUCCAUCUGCUGUGUCAGAAUCAGGUGUUGGGAAAUCCAUCGUGGACCGUUGGCUGCUCUGUGGAUGUCCGGGUCCAAGACUAUAAGGAGGGAACCCCGGAGGAGAAGACCUACUACAUUGAACUCUGGGAUGUUGGAGGAUCUCUUGGCAGCGCCAGCAGUAUCAAAAGCACCAGAGCUGUCUUUUACAAUUCAGUUAAUGGAAUUAUGCUGGUACACGAUUUAACAAACAAGAAAUCGUCUCAGAAUCUCUACCGCUGGUCUCUAGAGGCUUUAAGCAAGGAUUCUUCUCCAACAGGAGUUAUCGUCUCAAAUGGGGACUAUGACCGAGAGCAGUUUGCUGAGAACUCGGUGCCUUUGUUGCUGAUUGGCACCAAGUUUGACCAGAUCGCAGAGACCAAACGCAGUGAAGUUCUCACACGGACGGCCUUCCUGUCUGAGGACUUCAACGCGGAGGAGAUAAAUCUCGACUGCACCAACCCGAGGUACCUUGCUGCAGGCACAUCCAAUGCAGUGAAGCUCAGCAGGUUCUUUGACAAGGUAAUCGAGAAGAGAUAUUUCACAAGAGACCCGAGUCCGAUGAUUGGUUUCGCCGACAGGAAGCGGUUCAACUUCAAAAGUUUGCACUAUGACUGAGAACAGCUGUGGUCUGUGGUGCGUUUCGGCCGUAAUGCCUCUGAACAACAACAACAACAGCAAACCAUCACGUCUCCUCCAUCUUCUAAUGUUAUAUCCCAGAUAAUGAUUUAUUAAUAUUAUGAAUAUUUAAUAGAAUGAUAUAAGUACUUUUGUACAUAGUUUCGAACGUUCCAAAGCAAUUUAGCAAAAGGCAGUUAAGCACAGAAAUGAAGAAACUCUCUGUAUAGUGAAAUGAUUUAAAAGGUAAUGGGCACAUGCUGUGAGUGUAUGUUUUUAAUUAUAUAUAUUUCUUUCAUACUGUCUGUUGCUUUUCUCUUUACAUGACAAACAUUCAGUUGCACCACCUUCAUGAUUUAUUUUUU